CUCUCUCUCUCUCUCUCUCUCGACAGACAAACGUUGCUCGUUUGACUAUUCGUCUUCGAGUACCUUAUUGCCAGUACGCCGUGCUUGAAAUACCUUGUGUCUGGGCGACUAGGCAUAGUGCCCAUCGUCGUACUAGCAGCCCUGAUGAUACCUCGCAACGCCUUGAACGGUCAAGGCGUCUGAGCCUCGGCCGAGGGAAAAUCAAACCGUUGCGUCAAAUCGCGUCUCCACGUCACCGAGAAAAUCUCGAGAUCUCGCUCAGCGCUGUCGUCAUUAGCGCACACGCUCUUCGUGUUGGGCGUAACGAUUAAAAAAAAAAAAUUUUAAUCGUGCCGGUUUCAGAAGAGCGAAGAUCCCGUGGCGCCUCGACGAUGGGUCGCGGAAGAAAGAACCCGAAAAGAAUCGUUCGGAAACCGUGCGAGGAUCAGGUAACGACGGAUACGAAUUCCGCCGAGAAGGAGGCGGCGGAACAAAGCGGCGGGAAUCUUUUCGUCGCCGGAGCCGCGAUCGACGUUUAUUCGCGCUUGAAAUUGCCACUCGUGCACCCGACGCAGCGUCGCACGUCGGACGGCAGCGACGAGGAGGAGGAAGACACCGUCGAGCUCAACUUCUGGCCGCGCCUUGUCUUCGUGUCGAACCUAUGUCCGAUCUGCAUAGAACGUUCGGAGGAGACCUGCGAAUUUUGCGGCAUGGUUUCUUACUGCACCGUCGGACACAUGAAGCAAGACUGGCCGAGGCACCGCGACCUGUGCAAAGUUCUCGCCGAGGUCUGCACGGCCGGAGGCGGCUUGUCGUCGCUGUCGGAACUCGGCGCGGACGAUUACCGCGUCUAUCGGCUGAAAUUGAUCGAGAUUGUGCAGCGCCGCCUGCGCAGGCCGCUCCAGCUCUGGGAAAAGGAGAUACUUCUUUAUCCCCGCGUCUGCUGCGACUGUCGUCGCUUCUCGACGGCCCUGAAAUGCUGCCCGGCGUGCGGGAUCGGUCUGUUCUGCGAGAACCACGACGGCGGACACGAAGAGUGGUGUCGCGAGUUCCAGGUGUUUCGCCGGGUGCUGUUCGUGCAGCACAAAGCCGGCUACGUGGAUCCCGAGAUUCCGGAUACCUUCCAGAAAGCGCCGUUUCAGCUGCCGGAUAAUUUUCAUCUGUUAAUGGCGCAGCUUUACGCUCGCUCGACGUAUUACUGCAAUAUGGAUUGCUACACGUACUGCAGCCUCUCUCAUAUAUCGACCAUUCCGUUGACGGCUUUGUACUCCAUGCAAAUUGCUUGCCCGAAUUGGAAGGCCGUCGAUACUUUCGUGGUCCACGUGAUAGGCGCCGAGUUUCAAUUCGAGUGUAUAAACCUGCAUGUCUGGGAGAGGCUCUUUCUGCAUCUCCUUCCGAACUUAAAGCGUCUGAAAUUGAUGUUCAUUGGCCCGGAACUGAGUUUGCCGACGGUGCCGUUGGACCUGUUGACCGCCGUGAAGAUGUGUUCGGCUUGCAAAUCGUCCGGUCGACGAGUAAACGUUUCGUUCCAUCCCGGAACAUUCUAUCACGAUUUCUGUCGUUCCAAACAGUUCACGGAACCGCAUCUCGUGUGCCUCUUUAACCCGGGCCUUUAUCGGGAAACUGGCUUCGAGGGUAAAGACACGUGGCCGGAGACGAUACGUGAAUUCUGUAAAACCAAGGUUCCGGUUUGCGUGACGUCUUACACGAAGCAAGAGAUUCCUCGAGAGAUGAUCAGGAUCAAGUCGAUCGCUGACGUGGACGCGAUUUUGGAGCCGCGGAGAAAUCCGUUCGCUUCGAUCAAACCUGACAGGAAUUUCGUCAGUGACGAUACGGCGCCACUUAUCUAUAAAAAUUAUUAUCUCGCUAUCGUUAGAGGGAAAUCGUAGGCACAUUUGCGCAGGAUAGUCUUCUCGAGCUUAUUUCAAAUGUAAUUCCACUCGAACGUUUUCCUAGAGUAUGUUUCAUUUGCUUUUAUAUCUCUUUCAAUUUCUAAUACUAUUUCUAUUUUAUGUGUAAAUGCAGGGUUGGGAAAGUUACUUUAUAAAAGUAUCUAGU